AUGGGUGUGCUGGUGGUGGUAGUCUCGCAAAUUCUCGAGCUGAGAACCAUGUGGGAGAUACCGUCGAUUGUACAGUUCUGUAAUGUCUUUGCUGAUGCUCUGGAUGGUCCCAGGUUUACAGUCACCAAUCUAGAGAUGGCCUUGGUUGUGCCUGGCAAUCAACUGUUGGCUGAUAUUCAUGUUGCUCUCCUCCGCGCCAUGCUGCCAAAGUCGCGUGUCAUUGACGAGUUCACCUACGUCGACUACCUCGCAGAGGUCUUUGACACCUACGAGGCCGAGUACGACUGGGACGACUCGAACCCGUUCCGCCCGCCGGCAUACUCGCACGGCCAGAUUGCCCGCGCCCACGCCCGCCGGCAAAAGGCCGAGAGAGAGGCCAAGCGCGCCGCCGGUGAGAUGGGCUCGUCUUCGGAUGACGAGGAGGAGGCUGCCGCUGCCGCUGCCGCCGAGGAGGCCGAGUACCUCGAGGCCGACGAAGACGGCUCUGUGCCAUAUCUGUCGUAUUCGGACAUCACGUUGGAGGACCGGGUGUGCAUGCUCCACACGCUCUGCCUCUGGCAGCUCGAGUACUCCAAGCCAGUCACAGAGGCGGCACACGCCAUGCAUGGCAACGACCUGCGGGUCGAGCUCCUCGGCUACGACGCUGAUGACCGGCAGUACUACUACUUUGGCGGGCUGCGCCUCUACCGCGAGACGGAGACCCCGGACGACGAGCCGGACUUGUGGGAGAACAUUGCGUCGAGCGAGGACGACUGGAAGGCGGUGCUGAAGGAGCUGGGCAGAUCGCGCGACCUCGACCAGAAGGAGCUUGUCAAGGCCAUCAAGAAGCGCAUCCUACCGAACCUCAAGGCCGAGGCUGCCGAGGAGGCACGCAUCUCGCGAGUCCACGCCGGCUCGCUGGUCCCGCGCAAGAUGUCGUCGCGCCUGAUGAAGAAGGGCCGCGAGCGCGCUGCCGAGCGCGAGGCCUCGCUCCGCCUUGCCCGCGAGCUCGCCGAGCGCGAGGCCGAGGAGGCGGCGCGGCGUGGGACCCGCGCGCGGCGGUCGUCGCGCCUCGACGCACACGCGGCCGAGUCCGAGGCCGAGGCUGCCGCCCGCGAGAAGGAAGAGCGUGUCCGCCGUCGCGAGGAGCGCGCUCAGGCGCGCCUCAUUGCUCAGCAAGAGCAGGCGCUAGCCGAGGCCGAGGAGGAGCGCCGCCGCGCAGAAGAGGAGGAGCGCCGUCGCGAGGAGCGGGAGCGCCGCCUCCUCCUUCGCGAACGCCGCGACGAGCUCGACGCUAUGAUGGCCAAGAUCAGCGCUGCGUUUGAAUCAUACGAGGCCGAGUUUACCGCCCGCGGCGAGCCCAAAGCCGAGGCCUUUCGCCACUUUACCCAGCAGCCACAGCUGCUCAAGGUCAAGAAGAACGGGAAGGGGGUGUGGAAGGCCCGGGCGGUGCGCCCGCUCCGCGAGCCGCUCCCGACCCCAAGCUCCGCGCCCGCGUAG